AACAGUGAGUGAUUGAGUACGUGAAUGAAAACAAAAACAAAGUCUCGUUCGAAGUCCGAAAUUAUUUUCUUGUUUUUCCGCAAUGUCUUUCAUUCGUUAGUCUGAGCAGCCUCGAGUAACCGGAAAAUGUCUUCGGUUAAAGUAGCGGUGAGGGUGCGACCCUUCAACCAAAGGGAAAUCGACAUGAACGCUGAACUCAUCAUCCAGAUGACGGACAAGACCACUGGUAUCCUGAAUACCAAGGCAAACGCCAGGGACGAGAAUAUCAGAUACAAAAAGUUCACUUUUGACUAUUCCUAUUGGUCGCACGAUGACCAGAACGGAAAUUUCGCGUCUCAGGAACAGGUGUACAACGAUUUGGGUGCUGAAGUUAUUGACUGUGCUUUUGAAGGCUACAAUGCCUGCGUAUUCGCUUAUGGACAGACGGGCAGCGGGAAAACGUUCACCAUGAUGGGUUCCCCCGAAAACCCCGGUCUGAUCCCUCGUAUUUGUAAGGCGCUAUUCGAAAAGAUGUCCGUUAAUUCGAAAAGAGGUACCACCCAUCGAGUCCAAGUGAGCUAUCUGGAAAUCUACCAAGAGCGUGUGGCUGAUUUGUUGAGGGGGCGCGACAACGGCUCGCUUAAAGUGCGCGAGCAUCCCAAAAAGGGGCCCUACGUGCAGGGCUUGACUACUGUUCUCGUUACCAAUUACGGGCACAUCCAAGAGUGCAUGGAAAGGGGGAACUCCCACAGAACGACGGCUGCCACUAAUAUGAAUGACGUGAGCAGUAGGAGCCAUGCUAUAUUUACCAUAACUUUUGUUCAGGCGGGAUAUUCCGAAGGAGUUCCUAGAGAAACCGUUUCCAAGAUCCACCUGGUAGAUUUGGCGGGCAGCGAAAGAGCAGACUCCACGGGAGCGGUAGGCCAACGUCUCAAAGAAGGCGCCCACAUCAACAAGUCUCUGGUAACUCUCGGUUCGGUCAUAUCGGCCUUGGCGGAAUUGACAGUCGAUCAGGCGAGUCGCAGGAAAUCCGUCUUCAUUCCAUACAGAGAUUCGGUGCUGACUUGGCUGCUGAAAGACAGUCUCGGAGGGAAUUCGAAGACCAUCAUGCUGGCAGCUAUCAGUCCCGCGGACUGCAACUACGGAGAGACUAUCAGCACUUUGAGGUACGCGAACAGGGCCAAGAAUAUCAUCAACAAGCCGACGGUCAACGAAGAUCCCAACGUCAAACUGAUCAGGGAGCUGAGGGACGAGAUCAGCAAGUUGAGGGCUAUCAUGUUCUGCGAGCAGAGGACUGAUAUGCUGGCGCAGUUGCACGAGAAGGAAGCUAAGGAAAAGGAACUGACGGAAGAAUGGACUGGAAAAUGGAGGGAGGCGCAGGCGAUAUUGAGAGAGCAGAGGGCAUUGGGAUUGAGAAAAGCUGGUCCCGGAGUCGUGCUGGAUUCCGAUAGACCUCAUCUUGUAGCCAUAGAUGAUGAUCCCCUCACCACAGGCGUUACUUUAUAUCAUUUAAAAGAAGGCAAAACCACUAUCGGGACUGACGAGUCGGACGUCAAACAGGACAUUGAACUACGAGGCGCUGGGAUGGAGCCCCAGCAUUGCACCAUAUCCUUCGAAAAUGGCGUCGCGACUCUGAUUCCCCAUCCGGGGGCGCAGGUCAUGCUGAACAACAACCAUUUGGAAUCGCCUGCUAGGCUUUCUCAAGGUUGCAUCAUCUUCCUGGGAAAAGCGCACGUUUUCAGGUUCAAUGAUCCCGCUGAGGCGGCGGAGCUCCGGAAGAACGAAAAGGCCCACAACUUGUCGCGGCUGAGCCUUUUGAGUUGGUCGACGCCGGAUUUGAAUGUGUCGAUGGAGAAUUUACAAUUUUGUUUACAUGAAUGGUUUUUCUGUGGUAAUAGAAAUGUCGAAGACGACAAAUGUGAUAUAGAAAUACAAAGACUGAAUUUGGAAAAGGAGAAGGAACAGUUCGAGAAGGAGCAAGAAGCCUUCGAGAAAAGACAGGAAGUGUUUGAAAGACGAAGGCAGACCCUGGAAGAGGCUCAAGCUAAGUUGGAGGCUGAAAAAGAGGUUGUUCAAAAGGAAUAUGCGGAGCAGACUCGUCAAUUGCAAGAAGAUUGGCAAAAUCUCGCUUCGCAGCAAAGGAGACGUGAAUCUGAACUGAAGGAGAAAGAACGGGAACUGAUCUUGAAAAGGGAGAAACUCGAGACAGAUAGGCAGCUGAUUUUAGGACAGAUUGAACGCGAAUGUGACACACUGCAAGAUUUGAAAGCAGAUAUCUUAACGAAAUUCGCGAAUACUUGUCAGCUAGUUAGGUCCUAUGCGAAUGAGAUCACUUUUCCUUCUUCUCAAGCCAAAAAUACGUUUCAGCAACUGGUCUCGAAAUCAGAGAAUACUCCCUUGUCCUAUCAAGAAACUGGAAAUCUCAUAGAUAUUUUGAACAAUGUGAAAGGUUCGUCCAUUAUACAGGACUUGGUGGAAAAACAUAGGAAAGAAUUAGCCGAACUACAAACCGAACUGAACCGCAGAGUACAAGCUUUGUGCGAGAGGCAGAGGAGCGUCGAACUGCUAGACAAGAAGAUCGUAGAUCUUGUCGACCAGCAAAAGUCCCUCAGUUCCGAUCAGAGCGAGCAAGAACACCUGCUAAAUCUAAAAGCCGAACUCUCCAAACGAACCGAAGAGGAACUGAAGGACAUCGAAUCGAGGAAACGGGGGUUGAGUUUGGAUCUGAAACCGAUACAUUCCACUCCGAGUCCGGAUUCGUGCGAAGUCAACUACGCCAACAGCAACGACAGUGCUGGGGACGGAACCGGUACACUCAGCAGCGAUACAUACCAUACAGCAGCCGACAGCUGUUCUCCCAUCUCCUGCGCUCCCAGGACAAAGGACAACUUGAUGAGCGACAGCGGGGUUGAGCUGAGACGUCGUGACGACAGUGAUUUGUCUAGCAACGACGAUAAGGCUGUCAGCGAUUCGCAGUCGACUAGUUCUGUGGAGAACCGUUCUCCGACCACGAAGAAGAACAAGAGGAAAGAUCCCGAACAGGUUCUGCGAAGGUUGUCGCAGAGAAUCUCGCAGCAGAAGCAGCUCAUCUUCCGCAAUUUGGACGGGCAUUAUCCGAAUGAUCAGUUGGAUAGCCAGAUUGCGGCUUUGAAGGAACUCCAAAGGCAGUACUCGGUCCUCAAACAUGGAACUUCUUCUUGCUGUCUUCUAGCUAGGGUACAGAAUCAACGACUGUUACCCUAUCAACAGAACUUAUACCGUUCGAUGCCUUCCAUUAACUUAGAAUCAGAUCGAGAUUCUAUAGUGUGCAUAACGAGUUACUGCCUUCGAGGAACGGGCACUAAAACUCAUUACGAAUACGAGGUUAGAAUAUCGACAGUCGACGACAGGUGGAGUAUCCUACGUCGUUACAGUCGCUUCAGAGAUCUACAUAUAGCAAUGAAGGCUCGUUACAGGGAUAAGGUGGCUUCCCUUCCUUUCCCGUCGAAAACCCUCUUCUCGACCACCGAAACGGUGGCGCAGUCCAGGAAAAGGCAGUUGGAGACUUACCUCAUUCGGCUCAUCGAGACGUGCAGGAGUCUCUCUUCGUGUCCGCUCGCGUAUGGCGAGCCUGUCACCAAGGCCGCGUUGGUCAGCUUCUCGCCGUUUUUUCGGAAAGAUCUUCGAGAGCGGCAAGUACGGAACUUCAUGAUUGAAGUUUCACCUACUUGUAAGAUUAAGACCAUAGUUGAAGUUGAUUUAUAUUUAUUAUUGAUAAUUUUAUCAAAUUUGUUAUAUUUUUGGAAUGUUUUUAAUAGUGAAUCAUGUUGAAGUUAAUUCGA